CGCCGCAGUGCAAUAUUCACGAAAAACUCCAUUUACAUUGAAUUUUUUUGACGUUUUAGUGACAGUCGCAAGGAGGUGAGAAGAGUGAAAACUUAUUUCUUAGUUUUUCUCUUCAUUAAAAAAUUAGUGAAAAAAAAUUUCAUAGAAACCUACUAAAAUGUCCAAAUUAGUUUCUCAAGUUCCAGUCUGGACAGGAAGACUCGUCCAAGAAGCAAAACCUAGGCUUAACACUUUUAUGAAAUAUGCAAAAGUGGAAUUAUCACCUCCGACACCAGCUGACAUUCCUCAAAUAAGAGCGGGAAUUGGUAGGCUUAUAACUGCCGCAAGAACAGGCUCUUGGAAAAAUCAAACAGUUAAAGAAGCUUGGCUUAAUACACUUGUUGGAAUUGAAGUGUUAUGCUGGUUCUACGUUGGAGAAUGUAUUGGAAAACGUCACAUAGUUGGAUACGAUGUUUAAAUAAAUUGGAGUUAAUUUAAAAAUUUUGUAGAAUGUACUUUUAUGUCAAUAGAAUAUUACUUCUA